CGUUGCAGUAGCGUGAGCCAUGACAAGUUUCCCUUUGCUCUCUCUCUCUCUCUCUCUCUCUCCCUCUCUUCUUCAAUAAAUUUGACUUCCAUCAUUUCUCGUUACGAUUCGCUUCAUGAUUCUUCUUCAAACUAACAAUUACCUUCGUCAUCUCAUCGUUCUCCCCCACCAUCACCAAGCUCCAUUUCUUCUCAAUCGAAAGGAGAAAUGUGGCGUCGAAGCUGCUGCCUCCUCCUCCACUUGUCGAAACUCAAGCUCGGAAUUUCACGUUUAGGGUUUUCGAGAAGAUCGUUCUCGUCCGAGCCGGGGAAGAGGUUCGCUGCGUUAUGGGGCAACGGCGAUUACGGAAGAUUGGGUCUUGGCAACUUGGAUUCUCAAUGGGAGCCUGCCGUUUGUCCCGCGUUCCAUAACCAAACCCUUAAAGCCAUUGCUUGUGGCGGUGCUCACACCCUCUUCUUAACAGACAAUGGAUGCGUUUAUGCUGCUGGUCUUAAUGAUUUCGGACAGCUUGGUAUAUCAGAGAGUAAAAACUACUCAGUGUCACCACUCCGGGUUUUUGGACAUGAGAAGAAAAUUGUGCAGAUCUCUGCUGGUUAUAAUCAUUCUUGUGCGAUAACAGUGGAUGGAGAACUAUAUAUGUGGGGAAAGAAUUCAAGUGGGCAGCUAGGACUUGGAAAAAGGGCUCCAAACAUGGUUCCUUUGCCGACUAAAGUGGAAUACUUGGAUGGAAUCACCAUUAAAAUGGCAGCUUUGGGUUCAGAGCACUCAGUGGCUAUUAGUGAUGGAGGAGAGGCCUUUAGCUGGGGAAUGGGAAUGUCUGGAAGACUUGGUCAUGGCCAUGAGUCAAGCAUCCUAGGAUUCUUCAAAAGUCACAGUGAGUAUACCCCAAGGCUGAUAAAAGAUCUUGAGGGAAUCAAGGUUAAAUACGUAGCUGCUGGGUUGCUAAAUUCAGCUUGUACUGAUGGUAUUGCAGAAAAUGGUUCUGUUUUCAUUUUUGGCGAAAGAGGUAUUGACAAAUUGCUCUUGAAAGGGAUGAGCAAUGCAACAAAACCAUCCUUGAUUAGUGAACUUCCAUACUCAGAAGAAGUUGCUUGUGGUGGCUAUCACAUCUGUGUCCUGACAAAUUCUGGUGAGCUUUAUACUUGGGGUACAAAUGAAAAUGGCUGCCUUGGUAUCGGUUCCUCAGAUGUUGUUCGUCUGCCUGAAAAGGUUCAAGGGCCAUUUUCGAAGUCUUCUGUUAGCCAGAUUUCUUGUGGUUGGAAGCAUACAGCAGCCAUAUCUGAAGGAAGAGUCUUCACAUGGGGCUGGGGAGGUUCCAAUGGGACUUUCUCUGAAGUUGGACAUUCUUCGGGGGGACAAUUGGGUCAUGGAAGUGAUGUGGACUAUAUAAAUCCUACAGGAGUUUGUUUUGGAGAAGACGCAAAAGCUUUGCAAGUUUCAUGUGGGUUCAAUCAUACAGGUGCUAUAUUUGAAUAUACAUAGAUUUUGCUACCUCAAUAAUUCAUAAUUACUUGUAAUUCGUCAAUAAUAUCCAGAAACAUGUGAUUCAUCACCCCAUGUAUCUUCUAUACAUCAUAUUAGUAAAAUGUACAUCUUCCAACACAUCCACGAGACCCCAGGAAGUUGCAGCAUGCCUAAAGUGAGGGAUUUAUUAUCCAUCUGUUGUACUUUAUGAUUCUUUUCACAGAACAUUAUAUGUAUGUAUAAUGAAUAAAGCUUCCUUGAUGUAACAAAACAUAUGUAAAGAAAGAGCAUAGCUUCAAAUAAAAAAAAUGCAUGGGAAUGA